AUGGCGGCCGCGGCGCUUGUGGACCGAGCUCAGGGCUGUGUGACCUUCGAGGAUGUGUUCGUGUACUUCUCCCGGGAGGAGUGGGAGCUCCUUGAGGAAGCUCAGAGACUCCUGUACCGUGAUGUGAUGCUGGAGAACUUUGCACUUGUGGCCUCGCUGGGUUGUUGGUGUGAAGCAGACAAUGAGGAGGCCCCUUCUGAGCAGAGCGUUUUUGUAGAAGGAGUGUCAGAGGUCAGGACUCCUGAGUCAUGUCCAUUUAUCCAGAAAGCCCAGCCGUGUGAGAUAUGUGACCCACUCUUGAAAGACAUUUUGCACCUGGCUGAACACCAGGGAUCAUGCCCUGCACAGAAACUGUACACAUGGGACCCCUGUGGGCGAGGAUUCCUGUUCAGUGAAAACUUUUAUCAGCACCAGAAGCAAUAUAGUGGGAAGAAUCCUGUCAGAAGGGGUGAUGAUGGGGCCUCACUUGUGAAGAGCUGUGCUGUCCACAUGUUAGGGAGACCUUUUACUUGCAGGGAGGAAGGGAUGGACUUGCCAGAUAGCUCUGGCCUGUUCCAGUACCAAAGCACUUACAAUGGAAUGAGUCCAUGCAAAAAGGCUGAGUUCAUGGAGCCUUUUCCACAAAGCUCCAGACUCAGGCGACACCAGGGAGACCAUGAUGAACUGAUGCUUCUCAGUUGCAGUGACAAUGGGAAAACGUUCCUGAACACCUUCACUCUCCUUGACAACCACAUAACUCAGGCUGAAGUGCGAGCUUUUAGGUGCCUACCAUGUGGAAAUCUGUCCAAGGAGAAAUCAGUUUUUAUUCAUCACACAAAAAUUCAUAGUGGAGAAACAUCACAUGUGUGUAAGGAAUGUGGAAAGGCCUUCAUUCACCCGUCUCACCUAAAAACCCACCAGAAAUUUCACAGUGGGAAAAGACAAUAUACAUGCAGUGAAUGUGGGAAGGCCUUCAGCCGCAAAGACACGCUUGUACAACACCAGAGAGUCCACACUGGAGAAAGGUCUUAUGACUGCAGCGAAUGUGGAAAAGCCUACAGCAGAAGCUCCCACCUUGUUCAGCACCAGAGAAUUCACACUGGAGAAAGGCCUUAUAAGUGCACUGAAUGUGGAAAAGCCUUUAGCCGUAAAGACACACUUGUUCAGCACCAGAGAUUUCAUACUGGAGAAAGGCCUUAUGAGUGCAGUGAAUGUGGGAAAUUCUUUAGCCAAAGCUCUCACCUUAUUGAGCACUGGAGAAUUCACACUGGGGCAAGGCCUUACGAGUGCAUAGAAUGUGGAAAAUUCUUUAGCCAUAACUCCAGCCUCAUUAAACAUAGGAGAGUCCACACAGGAGCAAGGUCUUACGUGUGUGGCAAAUGUGGGAAGGCUUUUGGCUGCAAAGACACACUUGUUCAGCACCAGAUAAUUCACACUGGAGCAAGGCCUUAUGAGUGCAGUGAGUGUGGAAAGGCCUUCAGCCGUAAAGACACGCUUGUACAGCACCGGAAAAUCCACACUGGAGAAAGGCCUUAUGAGUGUGGCGAAUGUGGAAAAUUCUUUAGCCAUAGCUCCAACCUCAUUGUGCAUCAGAGAAUUCACACUGGAGCGAAGCCUUAUGAGUGCAGUGAAUGUGGGAAAUGCUUUAGCCACAACUCCAGCCUCAUUCUACACCAGAGGGUUCACAGUGGAGCAAGGCCUUAUGUGUGUAGUGAAUGUGGGAAAGCCUACAUUAGUAGCUCCCACCUUGUUCAGCACAAGAAAGUCCACACUGGAGCAAGGCCUUAUGAGUGCAGUGAAUGUGGGAAAUUCUUUAGCCGCAAUUCUAGCCUCAUCCUUCACCAGAGGGUUCACACUGGAGAGAAGCCUUACGUGUGCAGUGAAUGUGGGAAAGCCUAUAGCAGAAGCUCCCAUCUUGUUCGGCACCAGAAAGUUCACACUGGCGAAGGGCCUCAUGAAUGCAACAGCUUUGAUGGCCCGUUAGCUGCAUCUGUUACACUUGUUUAGCAGCCAGAAAGUUCACACUAGAGAAAGGCCUUAUGAAUGCAGAAAAUGUGCUGUAUCCUUGUUCAAGGUAUUAGCACUCACACCAGAGAAGAGCUCUGUGAGUGCCCUUUGUGAGGGAGCCAGCAGGUCAACCUUGUACAAUCGUACAUCCACCCUGGGGAGAUUCCCGAUAAGUACCACGUAGGUGAGAAGCUCUCAUGAGGUGCAUUGCACUUCCUCAACUGUCCAGGGCUCUUGACAGUUCCAUCACUGCCAGUGCCUGUGGUGGAAGCCAUCUCAUUGCUGUUAAGUUUCCACAGUGUCUGUCAGUUACUCCAGUAUGCUCAGGAAAGGUGGAGCCCUGUGCUGUCUCUCCUGGUCCCUCUAGGGGAUCAUGAAUGUUCUGA